UGCACAGACUUACUUUCAGAAAAGUUUGAUUCAAGGCUUGUAGAGGUUGAAAAGCGUGCAUUUUGUAUUGUGAAGAUACCAAAGUACUAACAGUCAUAUGGUCAUUCCAAAUGAGACACCUGCAUGUGUGGCGAUAUUUGGCACCCUAGUGAUUCGUUGAGCCUUGAAGGCAUCCUGUCCAGAUGACAAUGGAAAGCUGGCACUGGGCAGCCCUGGGGGUGUUGCUGUUCCUUACCACGUUCGGUUUCCUAGGGGCAACCUAUGUCAUCCUUACACUGGCUGGCGGCUGUACCAUAGCGUACCACUAUGGUAAACAGAAGUCCCUACAGAUACUGGCCACUCGCUACACCCGGCUCGAGGGUCCUCACCCGGGCAUCGACAAGAUCUCAGAAAAACUUGAGAAGUCCACAAAGAGUAAGAAUUUUGAUAGAAGAAUGACAGGAGCAGCCACCAUGGAUGCUAUUCUUCAAGAGGUACUGGAGUAUGCAAUAAGGGAUUACAUCAAAACCUGGUACAGGCAAGUGUCUGAACAUGACGGUUUCCUGGUGGAGAUCCAGCAAUGUGUACAGCAGGUUGUCAUCAUGUUUGCUCACAGGACGAAGUCUAUUGAUUGGCUGCCUUACUUCACCAAUCGCAUGGUAGACGACUUCGCCUCUCACAUUCGGCUUUACCGGAGAGCAUUGGAUCUGUCACGCAUUUCAAAAGAUGAGGAGAAAGAUGAGGAGAGUUUUUUCUUUGAUCUGGAGCUGGAAAUGGAGAACAGUGUGUGCCGAGAUUUGAUCAGUACAAGUGCUGAAGAUGAACGACAAUAUCUGCAGGAUCUGAGUGAGGUGUUGUUGUUUUUACUGCUACCACAAUCGGACUUCCAGAACAAACCAUUCCGGUAUAUAGUCAGGGAAGUGUUGGUCAAUGGUAUAUUUAUCCCAACUAUUGACUUAGCCUCAGACCCAGAUUACAUCAAUCAGACAAUCGCCUGGUGGUGUAAAGAGACAAGUUUCAGUAAUGAAACAUUCAUGAGUGUGCUGAAAACGACGGAGAAUAUUGAGGAAUUAACGGCUGUUAAAGAGAAGGUGCAGCGAGAUAUUUUCAAGUGGCGGUCCAAAGACUCUGGUGGCGAUGAUGAUACUGUGAUAAAGCAGAACCUGAGUAGUUUACUGUUUGUGAAGGAUGUGUGUGAGAAAAGGACAAAGAGGCUUCAAGAGGGUCCAGAUGAUGCUGACAAUGAUGAUCCUGAGUUUUGCCGAGUCAUGUCAGCAGGAUCCCACCUCUUUAUCAUGUCUCUUGAUGAUGUCAUCAACAACAACAUAGCCUUACAGUAUUUUAUUGAAUUUUUAAGCAGCAGGGGUGGACAGCAGUAUUUAUUCUUUUAUUUAAAUGUUGAGGGUUACAGAACAGCAGCCGAGCAGCAGAUAGUGAUAGCUCAGGAGGAGAAGAAGAAAGACGCUCAGGCACUAAAGCCAGACUUGGAGUCUCUGAGACGUUUGGCGUCCAUUAUAUAUGACCAGUACCUUUCUGACAAGGCAACAGAAAGAAUCCGAGUGGAUGAUCCGGCAGUUAGAAGAACUCAUCAACAAAUCAAAAACAAGAUGUUGUCAGAAGAUGUAUUUGAUGAGGUCCAGUCUAGGGUGUACCAGAUUUUACAUGGAGAGAAGUAUUAUGAAGCCUUCCUGCAGAGCAGUCAGUACAUCAAGCUUCUGUACGACCUCAACCUUCUUCCCACAGACGGGAAUAGGGACGAGGAAGAGGAUAGAGAUGACGUCAGCCUCAGUGAUGUUACAGAUCUGCAGGUUUUGGCCACUAAAAAGAAAACCAAAAUCAGUCACCCAUUAAUUUAUAAUCACUAUAAUUCUCUUCAGAAGGACGAAGAUACACGCAGUAUCGGCAGUAACUCUUCCGGGGACACAACUUGUCUCGGCAGCGACAUUCUCUCAUUGACGGCGCAUAUCUCUCAGACAGGUAUUUUAAAGGAUCCGGACAAGGGAGGUAAAUCUUAUGCUGUCUACGCAAUCACCGUGAACAGGAAGUCAGUAGAUGGUGAAGAAGAUGUGUGGGAUGUGUACAGGCGCUAUAGUGACUUCCAUGAUCUUCACAUGUGUAUAACAGAAAAGUUUGAUGCUAUACCAGGUCUGAUCCUGCCAGGGAAGACAGCUUUUAAAAACAUGAACACUGAGUUCUUAGAGAAAAGGAGGAAGGCUUUGGAUGUAUACUUGAAGACACUGAUGAACGCAGAUGUUCUGCAGAAUUACCUAGGCCUAUUUGAGCUCAUGGUCUUAUUCCUGUCACCUAAAAUCUGGGAAAAACAUAAAACAGAGCUUGCAAGAAAGAUGGACACCAUACUUAACCCCCUGAGGAGCUCGGUGAAGCACAUGGGAUCAGCAGUCAAACACAUGCCUGACACCGUAGCUGACGGUGUGGGCAGCGUGUUCAAGAUGAAAAAUGGCUCUUCCCAGCUAGGGAAAAUUGUGGAGCGAGGGAAGGUUGGGGCUGCUCUGGAUACAGAGGCUGCUGACAACAUUCCAAUGAGGAUCAUGUUGCUAUUGAUGGAUGAGGUGUUUGACCUCAGGAGUAAGAACCAAUGGCUAAGGAGACGCAUCGUGGCCAUCCUGCGCAACCUCAUCAAGGCCACCUUUGGGGACACCAUUAACAGGAAAAUCGUGGACAAUGUAGAAUGGUUGACGUCUGCUGAGCAGAUCGCAGAAUACGUGAAGAAUUUCAGGGAAUCAUUUUGGCCAUGUGGUGUUCUGGCAGAGCCGCGCCCUCCGAGAGACAACAACACCAAAAUGAGGACGCGAGUUGUCUGUAAGGCCAAGAUGUUUGGUAGCAUGCCAGAUGAGAUGAAAACUAUGAUGGGGAAUGACACGGUGCGUCGCGGCGUGAUGCGCGUUUUCAACAUGUUCCAGCACAAAGCGUUGAACAAGCGCCUUGUGUAUGUUCUGCUGGAAGGAAUGCUGGAAACCAUGUUUCCCGAUAACAAGUUCAAGGAUAUCUUCCGCCAGUUACAUUCCAGGUCCCCUCGAGUGAUCUCUGGGGCCGUCCCUAAGGCCAGCCCUGAUGUGGAGUCUGUGGCUGAACAGACUGUGCGUAAAAUGAAACGGUGAAAAUUGAACAGUAAAAAAUGAAGUGCUAUCGAAGAAAGUGAAAUAUUGACUGUACAAAUUAUACAAGGGACUGUAUAUUUGGUAGGUGGUUGUCUAAAUGCUGUAAAUGAUUUGUAGUAUGUAGUAAUUUAGUGUGUUCAUCAUGUAUAUUAAACGGCACAAGGAGUGAAAUUUAAAGGCUUCCAUAUGGAGCACUUACCGUUAUACAAGACGUGAGUUUCGAACUCCUUUAUCACCUAAGUUAAAAAAACAGAGUUACCAAACUGUUCAAUGUGACUUGUCAGAAAUGUGAGGCAAUUUUAAUUACAUAUACUAAAAUAUGGACGUCUAUGGAUUUAUUUGGGGUAAACGAAUGUAGGAGAAAAUUUAGGAGCUGAUUGUUUGUGAACUUAAUCAGUUCCGGGUGGAAAUUGUGCCUUUAGGACAUGGUGAGACAGGGUGAUCAGUAAAAUGAUGUCAUCAAAAGUUGCUCAACAUUUUAGACAAGUCACAGGAUACUGUAGGACAACAAAACAACAAAAGAGUUCUCCCCUAGUGACAUGACUUGACAAGUAAUAUUGUCACUGGAAUGUAUUAAAAAUGCAAUUAGAAAGGUUACUGGUAACUCUUAAAUCAUCUUGCCUUUCAAUCAAUACGACCCUUAUAGGUGUGGGUUCAAACCUGUCCUUGGACAAGGAAAUUCUCAGAGUUAUUAACACUAACCAUGUAGCCAUUGAUGCAGCCUAGCAUUCAUAAUGAAGACAGGCUGUCUUCUACCUGUUUGAUUUGUAUAUCUGUAUGCAGCACUGAGAGUGCCUCUCAGCAAGUAUAUGGGAUAAAAUAUAGGAGGUUUUUCAGAGAAAUGUAGGAGAAAUAUGGGAAUUUUUGGCUGACAAUAUAGGUGCUUGUGGGAAACUCGGGACAUUCUGAGAUCUAUGAUCAAUGACAUUAUAUAUUUGAUUGUUGUUAAAUUACAAACUCCAGAAUUGUUCAAUUAUACAAUGGUGGACUGGUCAGUUUUAUGGGUGAAUGAAACUGGUAAACUACAGAGCUUUGAUAUACUUAUGCAUUAUUUGACAUACAGAUAUGCACACCAUUAUUGGUGGAAGACAAAUAGCUUUCAACAACUGUGUAAUUCAGUUCUACCGUACAUUAUCAACAUCACCACGGUGACAAUGAUGACCAGCAUGUACUUACCCUGAAAUGAGAACAGCUCACAUACAGUUCACAUCUUUUUAUUGCUUUGUGAUCUAUCAAAGGAAUGAGCUGGUGCAUUGCCAAAGUGACCCCCCAAGGACUUCAGAUGCGGUCCCUAAGACG